CGCCCAACCCAGCACAGUCCCGCGCACGACCCCAGCCCCGCAAGCCCCGCACCCACUGGCUCCCGCCACAUUUCGCCUCCGCGGGGACGGCGCCCCCUCCUCCCCGCGGCCCCCGCUCUCCCUCUUCGCCUUCCCAGCUGCGCUGGGGACACCCAGCCGCCGUCUGCGCGCCCCCAACCGCGACGCCCGGAGGCGGCGGGUCUCUUUGUUCGGGCGGCGGGCUCGGGGGACCCCUCCCGCGGUGUCACCGCACGCACCCCGCGCCCUCCCUCCGCCUCCUGGAGUUCACCCGGACCAGGUGGCGGCGGGUGCCUUUUGGGGGUGCGCGGCCAUGCAAUUGGUGGAUUUUUUUAAACCGUUUUGGAGGGGGGAGCGCGGCGUUGGGGGCGGGAGAGCGCUCCUUGCUGUGAGCUGCUCCUCCCGCUUUGCUCCGCGUUUUCCAGCCGCUCCGUUCCGGGUCUCCGGCGCUCCUCUCCCCGGCUCGGCGGAGCGCGCUGCCCCGACGCCGCCACCCAGAGCCGGGCCGCGCCAGGCGCCGAGAUGAAGGUGCUGGGACACCGGCUGGAGCUGCUCACAGGCCUCCUGCUCCACGACGUGACCAUGGCCGGGCUGCAGGAGCUGCGAUUCCCUGAGGAGAAGCCGCUGCUCCGGGGCCAGGACGCCACCGAGCUGGAGAGCUCUGAUGCCUUCCUCUUGGCUGCAGACACAGACUGGAAGAGGCGGGUUCCCUCCCUCGGCAAGAUGCCGGAGUGCUGGGAUGGGGUGGGGGAAGGCAACGCUGGAGCCGUGAAGCUGGCAGGGCUAGGGGACCCCAGGUGGAACCCAGGGCACCUCCUCUCGCCGGGGCAUCAGGAACAUGACAUCGAGACGCCCUACGGCCUUCUGCACGUGGUGAUCCGGGGCUCCCCCAAGGGGAACCGCCCAGCCAUCCUCACCUACCACGAUGUGGGCCUCAACCACAAACUAUGCUUCAACACCUUCUUCAACUUCGAGGACAUGCAGGAGAUCACCAAGCACUUUGUAGUGUGUCAUGUGGAUGCCCCUGGACAACAGGUGGGGGCGUCGCAGUUUCCUCAGGGGUACCAGUUCCCUUCCAUGGAGCAGCUGGCUGCCAUGCUUCCUAGCGUGGUGCAGCAUUUCGGGUUCAAGUACGUGAUUGGCAUUGGAGUGGGUGCCGGAGCCUAUGUGCUGGCCAAGUUUGCACUCAUCUUCCCCGACCUGGUGGAGGGGCUGGUGCUGGUGAACAUCGACCCCAACGGCAAAGGCUGGAUAGACUGGGCUGCCACCAAGCUCUCCGGCCUAACUAGCACUUUACCCGACACGGUGCUCUCCCACCUCUUCAGCCAGGAGGAGCUAGUGAACAACACAGAGUUGGUGCAGAGCUACCGGCAGCAGAUUGGGAACGUGGUGAACCAGGCCAACCUGCAGCUCUUCUGGAACAUGUACAACAGCCGCAGAGACCUGGACAUUAACCGGCCUGGAACAGUGCUGAAUGCCAAGACGCUCCGCUGCCCCGUGAUGCUGGUGGUCGGGGAUAAUGCACCUGCUGAGGACGGGGUGGUGGAGUGCAACUCCAAACUGGACCCGACCACCACGACCUUCCUGAAGAUGGCAGACUCCGGAGGGCUGCCCCAGGUCACACAGCCAGGGAAGCUGACUGAAGCCUUCAAAUACUUCCUGCAAGGCAUGGGCUACAUUGCGUACUUGAAGGACCGAAGGCUGAGUGGAGGAGCAGUGCCCUCGGCCAGCAUGACCCGCCUGGCACGCUCCCGCACUGCAUCCCUCACCAGUGCCAGCUCGGUGGAUGGCAGCCGCCCACAGGCCUGCACCCACUCGGAGAGCAGCGAGGGGCUGGGCCAGGUCAACCACACCAUGGAGGUGUCCUGUUGAAGCCCUCGAUCCCGCUGACGACACCCACCUGUCCGCCCACGUCGAGGCCCCACCGCCAUCCUUGCGCCGGCUCAUGUUCCCUUUAGUUUAUUUUUGUGAGGGCAAAGGGGAGGAAAUGGGGUUCUGCUUGAAAAAAAUGAGGGGAUCUAUCUUAGAUCCUUCAGCGGAACAGUCUCCAGGUGUCUCGAGGGGCUCACUCCUCCCCACCCCAUCUCACUCUCUGUGGUAACUUGGCUGACUUGACCCCUCUCAUCUCACUCCCUGCGGCCCAGGCACAGGAGGGCAGGGCCAUAGGGAGGGAGGUUCUCUAAGGAUCCAGGCCAUUCCUGGGUGAGCCCUUGGGCAGGCAUGUUUGCAGAUGGGAGAGGCUUCGAGAGGGUGGUUACUGGGCCCACAGGGGUACAGGGUCAGCUCAGGCACUGGAGUGGGAGCCCUGGGAGACCCCUUCCCCCACUCUCCACCAAGCACACCCGUUUCUGUCUCAUAGCACAUGUGACAAUCAUCUGGACAAUAGCCACAAGGGGGCGCUCGGACCAGGCAGCCACUUUCCUGGUGCUCUCUGGGCCCAGCUGGUGCUGUAGGGCCAGGCAGGCAGGGGCGUCAGGGGGUUUCUCUGCCGAAGGAAGACAGAACAUGGAGAACCGUGAGGGCAGGAACCCCACAGACUGUCCCUUCCAGCCCACACUCUGCCACCUCCUGGCCCUCUCCCAUUUCUGAGCCAAGGCCUCCCCGAGGCAGAAGUUGCCUGGUCAUCUGUCCCCACAGUGACCUGACUGGGGGUGAGGGAGAAGGAAGAGAGAGCCCAUGUAUGGCAUGUGUGCCCUGGGAACAUUGUGGUGACUGCCUUUGGGAGCCCGCAGGUGGCCAGAAGCAGGGGUAGCUGAGUUCCUGGAGACCCCUUUUUUGCCCCCAGGUUCCCCAGAGGGCAACGCCAUCAGUAGCAGUGUGGUGGUUCAGGCAGAGCUCUGGCCAGGCUGUGCCAGCGUGCCCCGGAAGCAUCACUAAGGAAGAGAGAGUUUAUCCAGUCAACUGGCCCAAGGCAGCGAGACUUCUACAGUCCCAUACCCCAUAGCCCCCUGGGCUGGGGCUUACUGGGGGCUGAUGAUUCUGGACACGAACAAGAGCCAGGUAGAGGAGAAAGGCUUCCCCCACACCCCAGCCCCCUGCUGUCCCCUGAAGCCCAGGACUGUGUUGUAUGCUUUCCAUCCACCCACCUUACCCUAUAGCAUCUUGCGGCCCAGAAACCAGAGCCAUUUGUCUCAGACCCUAAAUCAAUGGUCACAAACCUCAAAACAGAGAGGGGAGAGAGCAAUGAAAACAUGAAGGGCUGUGGAGGGGGGAGGGUCGUGGCGGGUGUUCUGAGGCUGAGAGGACACCUGUAUGCGUAUUUCCUCUAUACACAUCACCCCCCUUCUGUAAUCUUAAGCCAUGACUAGCCUGGUGAUGUGUUAGUUUGUGCCGAGUUCUACCCCCUCAUGUGCUUCUUCUGAAUACUGAAUGUGACUGGUUGAAAGCUGGUAGAAUUCAUCCCUCUUACUAUAGAUAGCACUGCAAAUCUUGGAAUUUUUUUUGUUUUUUGCUGUGUUUCCAGAUGAAAUAUCUAUAAAUAUCUAUACAUUAUAUAUAUAGAUGUGUGUGUGUGUGUGUGUGUACAUUGGGUCCUCCCAUGUGUGGUGGUCCUCCGGAGGCUGUCUCUUUGGUCAAGGUGAACUUUUAAUGUUUAUUAUUUUCUUCUCCGCACAAAGAGCCUAAUUCUGUGUAUUCUGGUGGCUGCUGUCAUGAGAUGACAAAAUGUAAAACAAAACUCUAGUCAACGUAGAAAGAGUUAACUGUGCUGAAAAACUAAUAAAGAACCUAAGAAUUCCA